AUGUGUUAUGUGGAUGGUAUUGAGAGCUCCGAAAUCCCGGUGAAGGAUAUGUCCUACGAACUAGAAAGAGGGAACCCUGACCACCAGAGGAAAAGGCGUUAUGUGUUGUUCUUCCUAGAAGCUCUCAGAAUAUCACCUUCCUUACUCUCAGGUUGGAUUCAGGCUCAGAGAGGAGGUCUUGGGAACUGCACAGCACGGGCCAUGUACGACAACCGUGGGCAGAGUCUCCGGACGAGCUGGCCUUCCGCCGCGACGACGUGCUCACGGUCCUCGAGCCAGAACACAGCUGGCCUGGAAGGAUGGUGGCUCUGCUCUCUCAGGGGGCGCCAGGGCAUUUGUCCGGGCAAUCGGCUGAGGAUCCUGCCCGGCGUCUACGACACGGGCACGGGGAUGCCCAGCCUGACGUCGCUCACCUCCCCCAACAACGCGGCCACCACCAGCCCCACCACCUCCGCGCGCCUCUCCGCCACCAGCCCGGUCCCGAGGCCGCAGCGCCCCCUCUCCAACAAGGUAAGGGGUCUUAGGGGGGGANUGAUAUCAAUGAAUAAGUAUGGAAGUCUUACUAGUAUUUCAUAG